GUUUUUAUUGGCUUGCUUGCUAGUGUAACUAAGGAUAGGGCUAUGCUGCUAAAGUUUAUAAAUGCCAGACGCCAGACCAGGAAUUAUCAUGAUCCUACGCACGAGACUUCGAGCUGGCAAACUACUAGUUAUGUCGUUAGUGUUUAGAGAGAUGUUAGAGAAUGCAUAUGUUCUGAAAGUUUGCCGAUUGUGCUUGGUGAACGAGGUGACCAAGCGUGAACCGACCUAUCGAUUUUCCUUGAUGGACGAGUCCACUGCUACCCAUAAAGACACAUCCUUGAACUUGGAGCUUGACUGCAAUGGAAGUUGUCAGCUGAAAAACGAAGAGCUCUUUGAGUCUCAGGAACCAAACAAACUGAAAGGUGAUCCAGAGCUUAGUGUUACAGAGAGCCACACAAAAGUGGACUUCUGGUUCUGUGAAGAAUGUAAGGAAUACUUCAUAGAGGAAUGUCCAACCCAUGGACCCCCGGUCUUCAUGCCAGACACACCUGUGGCCUUAGGGGUGCCCAACCGUGCUGUUCUCACUGUCCCAUCUGGAAUCGAGAUUAUCCAGGAGGGAGGUGGAAUGGACGUGUGCUGCAUGGACAAACACAUCCCAAAGGGGGCCCUGUUUGGCCCUUACCAAGGAGAGGUUGUCUCUCAGGACAAGUCCUCAGGCUUCUUCUCCUGGAUGAUUGUUGAUGAAAACAACACAUACAAAUCCAUUGAUGGCAGCGAUGAAACCAAAGCCAAUUGGAUGAGGUAUGUGCGGAAUUCAGCGGAGGAGAGUGAGCGGAACCUGACUGCCUUUCAGCACGGUGAGCACAUCUACUUCCGGGUAUGCCGGGACCUGGCAGUAGGCGAGAAACUGCGCGUGUGGUACAGCGAGGACUACAUGGGGAAGUUACACAGCAUGUCCCAAGACACCAUUGACAGCAACCUUGCCACCGGGGUGCUCAUAUGUUCCCAGUGUGGGAAUAACUACAGAUGGACAUCACAUCUGACGAACUGCUCCCAGUGUGGGAGCAGCUUUAGCCAUUCAAGCAAUCUGAAAUUACACAACCAAACUCAUACACGGGUGUGCCCGUACCAGUGCUCCCAGUGUCAGAAGAGCUUCAGUCAGUUAGCUCAUCUUACCCUACAUCAGAAAAUACAUACAGGGGAGCACCAAUACCAUAGCGCUCAGUAUGGGAAAAACUUAAGACGCUCAAGCUCUUUACAGAAACACCAGCAAAGUCGUACUGGAGCACUGCCAUACCACUGCGCACAGUGCGGGAAAAACUUCAUUCACUCAAGCUCCCUACGGAAACACCAGCGCAGUCAUACAGGAGCACGCCCAUACCACUGCGCACAGUGUGGGAAGCAUUUCAGGCACUCGAGUUCCUUGAAAAACCACCAGCAAGCUCACACAGGGGAGCGCCCCUUCCUUUGCUCCCACUGUGAGAAGAGCUUCACUCAGCUAACUCAUCUAACACUGCACCAGCGAACUCACACGGGAGAACGCCCGUACCACUGCUCACAGUGUGAGAAGAGCUUCAGUCACUUAAGUACUCUGAGGAACCACCGACAAACUCACACGGGCGAGCGGCCUUUCCACUGCUCCGACUGCGGCAAGAGCUUCAGCCACUUAAGCACUCUGCGGAACCACCAGCAAACUCACACAGGAGAGCGCCCGUUCCACUGCUCGGACUGUGGGAAAAGCUUCAGUCGCUCAAGUACCUUGAGGAGACACCAGCAGACUCAUACAGGGGAGUGCCUGUACCACUGCUCUCAGUGUGGGAAAAGCUUCAGUCACUCAAGCACGUUGAAGAGACACCAGAGAACUCAUACAGGGGAACGUCCAUUCCACUGCUCCCAGUGUGGGAAGAGCUUCAGUCGCUCAACUACUUUAAAGAAGCACCAACAAACUCACACAGAGUAGGAGAAUGGAGGCACUUUGUGUUCUCUGCAUUUUGGGUAAUGAUGGUAUGCAAUUUUUAUGUGUUUUUGUUUUUCUAUUUAUGCUCUUAAUUGAUAAUAUUACUGCAACAGUGCUCCAAAUUGACAUUUGAAAAUGUAUGUUUCCGUAUAUUUUUUGCCACUUUAUAUUUAGUAAAAAAAAUAUCCAAUUUAAAUCCAAUUUUAAAUAUUACCAGGACUAUUACAGUUCCAAAAAACAAGUUUACUACAUUGUCAUUAAUACUUUUAUUUUGAAAAGAUGUACGAAACAUUACUUUUUAUUUAAUAUACUGCAUCUGACAAAGCAGUUAUUACAUUCUAUUGCAAUAUUAAGUGUGUGUAAAAAUAUGAACAUUGCCUAAAAUUGAAUAUAUGCUAGAGUGUGGAUGGUGAGACAGUUGAACUCAACUCAAUAACUUGAACAUUCAUAUUAAAUCACGGUGCUUUUAUGUACUUGAUAGGAAAAAAACCGUCAGGGAUGAGUUUUCCCAACUGUCCCUUGUUCUCCGAUGGUCACCAAAGAAAUUCAAGUACCAAGUAAUUAAGUGCAAUGAUUUUCUUUAGUAUCUCAAAGUGGCCCGUAUUUAUCUCAACUUCAUUGUGAACCUGGAAUGACAGCAGUUGGCUUUAAAAUCCAACAUAUCAUUUGGAAGUGUCACAGGACUGGGGAGGUGUGUUUGGUCACUGAUCAAUAUUUAGUGUUGAGGAAAUGUGUGGUCAUGAGUGUUCAAUGAGUUUGCCUUGAUUGGCAGUACUUGAAUAAAUUCAUUUUACACAA